AUGACAAAUUCACAAUUUUCACUUUUACCUAAUGCAACUCAGUCAAGAACUGCACUUCCUUCCUUCACUUCUCCCAUCACUAAUAGUUCUAUUUCAAAUGUUACAUAUAUGAAUACAACAGAUCCACUUGUUCAAUAUGUACUUGAAUGCCCAUAUGAAGAAAGUUUAUGUAAUAAAGUCGGUACAUCAAUACGUGCUGCAAUUGACCAAUUUACUGAAGUAGUUAACGUAAAAAAUAGUUUAUUGAUCAAAGUAAAAUAUUCUAGUUUUUGUAAAGAUUAUGGUUGUGCUAAUGAUAGCUUUGGCUGGGGAUUACCAUCUUCUCAGUUUAUUUUACCUUUUGAAGACGGAGCAGAUCUAAACUUUAUUUAUCCACAAGCUUUAGCGAAACAAUUAGCACCUUAUAGUAGUACAUCUGUGUGGGCAAAGUACGACAUAUUGAUCAAGAUAAAUCAUGAUGUUCAUUUGCGUACAAUAAAAAGUAAAGAGAGUGAAACUGAUGAAGUACUGUCUAAUGGAGUCUUUUGGUUUUUUAAUAAUAGUUAUUCUCCUCCUAUAAAACCUCAUCAAAUUGACUUUCGUUAUAUUGUUUUGCAUGAAUUAAUACAUGGAUUUGGGUUUUUAAGCUCUUGGGCAGCGUAUUUUUGGGCAGAAAAAUCCCCUUUUCGUAUGUUAGUAGAUGGAGUGAUUGACCCACUUGAACUUCAAUUAGUAACGCCUUUUCCUUAUUGGUUUAUUACAGAAGAUACAGGACCCACCUAUGUUACUGGAUUUCAACCUACAACUAUAUUUGAUAAGUUUUUAGUUAAUAUAGAUACAGAACUUAAUGUUACAAGUGUUUCUCAACUAUCUGAUCUUGCAUUUGGCAUGCAGAAUUUUUGUGUACAAGAUAGUAAUGCAUUUAUUGUCAAUUUUAUUCGAGGUUUUAAUGCAGCCAAUCAAUCAACAAUGGCACAUAAAUUAUGGCUAUCUAUGUCUCAACCAGAGACAUUAAUAUUUAAAUUUCAAUCACCGACAAUAGCCAAUAGUAGUUAUAAUUUAAUACCUUAUUUAAAUCAAACAUACAAGUCGAUGACUUUAUUAACAGGAGGGAAUAUAUUUUCAGCACCGAAUUUUGCUUAUCCAGAAGUCAUCAUGAAUCGACCAGGGAUCAUGAUAUCACACCUUGAUAAUCAAUAUUGGGAUACAGUUGAUUUUUUAAUGACACAAAAAUAUCAUAAGGGAAAAAGAUUAGAAGAAUUAGUCAACCAUUAUUAUAAAAAGAUACCUAUAAUUAAAUAUAAUACGACUGUUUCAUCUACAAAUUUAACGAUUAUCGAAAAAAGAUACAUGUCACCUAUUGGUCCUGGUAUAUUACGUAUAUUAGAUUCUAUGGGAUAUUCUACUGUUUUAACAAAGACAAAUUACACGACUGAUGGAAAUGUAAAGACGCCGAAAUCACGUUCAUUAUGUGAUGAUAGUAAUACAAAUCAUGGGUUAAAACCAACACCUAGUUCCACUUCACAUGCUAUAAAACUGCAUAAUAACAUUCUAUUGAUUAUCUCUGCUUUAAUUCUUUCUAUUAAAUACAACAUGAAAUAA